AACUUAUACGACUAAAAUUCUGAUUUUGAAACAUGAUGGACGAAAACUCCCAACUUGUAAAUUUACAGGAAUAAAAAACUCAUUUUUCCUUUUUUUUAUUUAACUUUUUCUAUGAAAUUAGUUUUUCUCGCCGGUUAUCCGCUUUGACCCUUUUUUUUUGUUUUCUGAAAUCAAUUUAUGCGCUACUCAACAUUUAAAAUUAAAAAAACUGACAUUCAACCAAUAUUGUUAGAAUCGGACCGGACCGGCCGGUCCGACCGGUCCGACCGCGACCCGCGAUGAAAACGGUCCGGUCUAACAACUGAAACCGGGCAAAUCAAAAACCCGGGUCAAAUGUCAAAAACCCGGUCCGACCGGCUGAAACCGGUGAACCCGGAAACCGGUCCAUGACCCGGGUUUUCAUACAAAAUGUUGAGUCGGAGGCUGUUGGAGGCGGGAUUUGGCCGUAAUUCGUCGGGGGUGGCCGGAUCUGGGUGGAGUAGGCCGUGGGUUGUCGGAAUUUUACGGAUCUGGCCGUGGAUUGCCGGAAUCCGACGGGUUUGGUGGUUGCCGAACAGAUGUGUGGCUAGAUACGGAGCGAGAAAAAGGUAGAAAAAGAAGAAAUAUAGAGAGGUCUUAUUGCAAUCAAUAAAUGAAUUUCAACAACCACCUUCUUCAUCAUCUUCUUACAAACAAAUAUAGUACUUACAAAUAAACUUAAUGCACGACUCAUCACUUGACAAUAUAUAUAGAUGUGUCUCAUUGAGCAAGAUAAAAACACACACACAACACACUCACACACACACACAACACACACACACACUAAACCAUUUCAUUUUAUUAUCAUUAUUUUUUAUAUAUGCAAUGGAAAAUGAAAUUUUAGAACCAGUUAGUCCAACUGGACAAUACUUCACCAGCUCUGUUAUGUCAGUAUCUAUAAUUGCUAUUCUUGAAUUAGAAUUCCCGAUCGACCAAUCCCGGCUUGACACGUUGCUCAAAACUGUUUUUCUUCCAAUCAACCCUCGUUUCUCAUCUCUCAUGGUGAAGGACAAAAAUGGAAAAAAACAUUGGAAAAAGGUGGAAGUGGAUAUCCAAGAGCAUAUCAAAAUCCCGAAUUUCCCACAUGGAAAAUCACCCGAAUUCUACGAGGAUUGCCUGUCUGGAUAUUUGUCCAAAAUAUCCCUAGAACAAUUCCCAGAGAACAAGGCAUUAUGGGAAUUUCACAUAAUAAAUUACCCAACAAAAAAUGCAGCUCAAAAUCUUGUCUUCAAACUUCACCACUCACUUGGAGAUGGCUACUCAUUAAUGGGAGCUCUUCUCUCUUGUUUGCAAAGGGCAGAUAAUCCUCAACUCCCAUUGACUUUCCCUUUAUUGAAUCAGAAAAUACAAACUAAUGAUAAUAAAAAUAAUAUUUUAUCAAUGGCUUUUGAUAGUGUGUGUGAUUUUGGGUGGAGUGUUUUGAAGAGCAUCGUACUUGAAGAUGAUAAAACUCCGAUACGAUCGGGCGAUGAUGGAGUCCAGUUCCGGCCAAUCACAAUCACCAACAUAGUCUUCUCAGUUGACCAGAUCAAGAAAGUCAAGGCCAGUCUUCAUGUGGUAUGUAUUUAUAUUCCCAUUCACCAUUCCAUAUUUUUAUUCAUUGGAGGUUCAAUAAUGCAUUUUUUCCUUGUUAUACGUUAGUAAUUCAACUUUAUUACUAACAUUAUAGUUAAAUACACUUUGUAACACUGUCGCAUUUACCGUAUGUGCUAUGAAAUGCGACAAAACAGCCCCAGUCGUCCAUCUCUG